UCUAAGGAAAUGCACGCGACAGGAAGAUUAAAAAAAGGAAGUCAACCUUAUUAAGCACUUCAAAGAAAACCCCACAAAUGCUUUCUGACUCCUCCUCACUCCUUCCUGGAAGAUCUACAUCCAUCCUGCACCUCGGCUGUUGACUUCUUUCCCCUUUGUUGAUUCGGCCAUCGGCCCAUCGGGCCUGGCAUUUCCCAGAAGACCCAGCGCCGGGAAGGAGUUUGCAGCUGCUCGGUCAUCGUGCGGCCCGACGCGAGCCCGCGCUCGUGUGCAGGCCCGGCUCGGUGCCUGGUCCCUGGUGUGAGGGUUUACGCGAGGCUCCGGCCUCGCUUCCCGGACUAGGCCUCGAUUCCUUUCCCCCCUCCCCGCCGCCCGGUGCCAUGAAGCAGGAGGGCUCGGCGCGGCGCCGAGGUGGCGACAAGGCAAAGCCACCGCCGGGCGGAGGUGAACAAGAACCACCACCGCCUCCGGCCCCCCAGGAUGUGGAGAUGAAAGAGGAGGCAGCCGCGGGUAGCGGCUCCGCGGGGGAGGGAGACGGCAAGGCGGCGACGGCUGAGCACUCGCAGCGAGAGCUGGACACUGUCACCUUGGAAGACAUCAAGGAGCAUGUGAAGCAGCUUGAAAAGGCUGUUUCAGGCAAGGAGCCACGGUUUGUGCUGAGGGCCUUGCGGAUGCUGCCUUCCACGUCACGCCGCCUAAACCACUAUGUCCUGUAUAAGGCUGUGCAUGGCUUCUUCACCUCAAAUAAUGCCACAAGAGACUUCUUGCUGACCUUCCUAGAAGAGCCCAUGGACACAGAAGCAGAUUUACAGUUCCGCCCACGCACUGGCAAGGCUGCAUCAGCUCCCCUCCUACCUGAAGUGGAAGCCUAUCUCCAACUCCUCGUGGUUAUCUUCCUGAUGAACAGCAAGCGCUACAGAGAGGCACAGAAAAUCUCAGAUGACCUGAUGCAGAAGAUCAGCACUCAGAACCGCAGGGCUCUGGACUUGGUGGCUGCAAAGUGUUACUAUUACCACGCCCGGGUCUAUGAGUUCCUAGACAAGCUGGACGUGGUGCGCAGCUUUUUGCAUGCCCGGCUGCGGACAGCCACCCUCCGGCAUGACGCGGACGGGCAGGCCACCCUGUUGAACCUCCUCCUGCGGAAUUACCUGCACUACAGCCUGUAUGACCAGGCUGAGAAGCUGGUGUCCAAGUCCGUAUUCCCUGAGCAGGCCAACAACAACGAGUGGGCCAGGUACCUCUACUACACAGGGCGAAUCAAAGCCAUCCAGUUGGAGUACUCUGAGGCCCGGAGAACAAUGACCAAUGCUCUCCGCAAGGCCCCGCAGCACACGGCUGUGGGCUUCAAACAGACGGUGCACAAGCUCCUGAUCGUGGUGGAGCUGCUGCUGGGGGAGAUCCCGGACCGGCUGCAGUUCCGCCAGCCUUCCCUCAAGCGCUCGCUCAUGCCCUACUUCCUUCUUACCCAAGCUGUCAGAACAGGAAAUCUAGCCAAGUUUAACCAGGUCCUGGAUCAGUUUGGAGAAAAGUUUCAAACAGAUGGGACGUACACCCUAAUUAUCCGACUGAGGCACAAUGUGAUUAAGACAGGUGUCCGCAUGAUCAGCCUCUCCUAUUCCCGCAUCUCCCUGGCCGACAUCGCCCAGAAGCUUCAGCUGGAUAGCCCAGAAGAUGCAGAGUUCAUUGUUGCCAAGGCUAUCCGGGACGGUGUUAUUGAGGCCAGCAUCAACCACGAGAAGGGCUAUGUCCAGUCCAAGGAGAUGAUUGACAUCUACUCCACACGGGAGCCCCAGCUGGCCUUCCACCAGCGCAUCUCCUUCUGCCUGGACAUCCACAACAUGUCUGUGAAGGCCAUGCGCUUUCCUCCGAAAUCGUACAACAAGGACCUGGAGUCUGCAGAGGAGCGGCGCGAGCGAGAGCAGCAGGACUUGGAGUUUGCCAAGGAGAUGGCCGAGGACGACGACGACAGCUUCCCUUGAACUGGGGGGCUGGAGAGGGGUGGGGUAAGUGGGGACUGGCUUUUUGUCUGUCCCCUUGGGGUUUCCCUGCCCAGGGAACUGGCCCCUUUCCCACACACAGCUCACAGACUGCAUACUUGCAGGGUGAGAGGUGCUGGGAGUCAUCCCCCCGCCCCGGUGCCCCUCUCUAGCCGGUGACGCAGCACACCGCAGGCAAGAGGGCCUGCAGGCGGCCUUUCUAGGGCAGGGUCCUGCCCAGUGAUACGGGCAGCAGGAGGGGAUGGACAGACCCAUGGAUUGGGGUGUGGACUAGGGCCUGAAGUUGGGACAUGUUGGGUUGUAUGUUUUUUGAAACUCCAAUUAUGAUUUUUAAACAAUAAAAAGUUCUCCAAAGCUC